CUAAUUUGCCAUUGGUCAGCCGUAAACUUAUGUGAUAUUUUUUCCGGAUCUAGCUCAAAUGUCAAUUCUGUCUGUGCAUCAAGUCAAGUGAAUUAAAUUCUGUGUAAUAGUUAGUACUGGGACUUGGACAAAUCUGAAUUUUCAUACGAUACGAUAUAAAUAGUAAUUGUUACGAGAAUAUUGAUCGACGUAGUGUAUAUUAAUUAAUAAAAUUAGGCAAGUUGACUUCAGAAAGUUGUAGCAUUGUCGAAAUAUCCAAUUGCACCAUAUACACCCAAUGUGACUGGAGAUAAGCAUGAAAAAAACUAAACUUGACUUGUCAUUUCGAAUCCGAUCUAUUAUUACAAAUGGCAGAUGCAAUGGCCGAUUGCAGUGGCGGAAUAGACUGGCCGACAAUUUUGAAACCCUUUCUAAAUUCAAAUUAUUCGUCCUCAGAACUGACGGAAUUAUGCGUUGGAAUAACUAAAGGUGAAUCAGAACUUUUGAGACCAAAGGAAACCAAUAAAAAUUUAGUGAGCCAUUUCGCUGUACUAGCGGCAGAUUUUAUUUCGAAAAGGAGCAAAAAUCUAACUGCAAGCCAACUUGAAACUGUAAAUGCAGCCUGUAGUGUUUUGCUCAAAUACUUUUUAAGUGCCCUUCAAACAGUGUGUAUAGAUGCUAAUACAAAUAAUAAUCUGAUAGAAAAAUAUUUAAAUGCCAUCCAGAUAUUGUGUGUAGGCACAGGGCUCUUAUCAACUUCUGAAGUUACAGUCCUCACAAACACAAUGAAAGGGGAAAAUUUACCCCAACAUAACCCAACCCAGCCAGGUAACGAAAAAGAGAAUAGUAAUAAAUCCGAAAAUGCAAAGACUAGAUCAGACCUUUCAAAUAGUAUAUUAGAACAAUUGACACUUCCUCUACGUGAUGGACAUACUGUAACACUCAACGUGGCUUCUACUAGCCUUCCAAACCCCACAGAUGAGAGUACAAGUAAUGACCCUAUUUCAGAAAUAAGUAAAUUGUUUUUAAAGUCCAAUACAGAAAGUUUACAAACUUUGAGAGCCGGUGAUACCUUAGUUGACCUUUGUUUAAAUUUACCAUCUUUCAAGAGGGCUAGAGCAAAAGUCGAAGAAGCUCUAGCUGGCAAACCAUUCAGUUUACCUGCGAAUCAUAGUGAAGCAACAACUUUAAGAAAUGGGUUAUCAUCGAUGGUAUCUGAAAUGAACCUGGCGAUGGCGGCGAUCAAUUUGCCAGUUUUAGAACCUCUCACGCCCACAAAAUUAGACAAAUUGAGCCACUUGAGUAUGGCCGCUUUAUACUGCGCUAUAAGCCAGGCAACGGCAUGUGCUUUUUUGAGCUCAAGCACAUCAGUUUCGCCGAAAGCCACAUCUCAGGCACAGUCCUGUAUAAAGGAGGAAGACCUAGACUCUAAUGCAGUGUCGCUUGUUGAACAAGCUCUCAACAUGUAUUCCUAUAUAGGUACCUCAAUUAAAAAUUCGACUAGAGCUGGCGGACAUAUUUAUCAAAAUCACCUUUUAUCUGGGGCUUGGGUACUGACUUCUGGUCUCCAAGCCCAUCUGAGUGCCAGCACGGGGUCGGGUACAGAAAAGGUUACACAUGUGAGAGAUCGCGAAGAAAAAAGUAGAAGUCCAUGCAAAUCUAGGGAGACAAACUCUGCCAGAUCAGGUCUAAUGAAGUUCCAACAAUCAUUUGGAGUUCUAUCUGUGGCACUAGCGACCAGAACUCUAUUAUUACUGUCGGAUCUUUUUGAGGACUUGCACUUGGAAGCUUGCAGUUUGUCCCCAAACACUGUUCAGACCCAGGUCGAUCCAGCCCCCCUCGCCGCCAUGGGCCAAUUCAGCGCCAUCCAACGCGUGGCCAGGAUCCUGAACGCGGCCCCCCUGAACCAGCUCCUCUUCUACCUGGCGAUAGUCAGCUACCGCAAGGCAUGCACCCUGAAACGCAUGCACCCGCCAGAAGGAGACACCUUCAGCCAAUCCGACUCGACCACCUACUACGAGGACAUGAUACUCUGUUCGGACGAGAGCACCACCGACGACGACGACGAUAGCGAGCCCAUACUGGGGCACUGGUUCGAGGAGACCCUGGCCCCCAGUGAGAACGCGGAGUCGAAGACGCCGUCGACGUCGGACAACGCCGAGACAAAGUCCGCCCAAACAGACAGGCAUCAUUCGAUCGUUCCGGAGAAGGGUGAGGCCAACAGUUACAUCUCGCUGGCCACCAACAUCUUCACCUUCCUGAAUAAACACCUGUUGUGUUCGAAGAGUCCCUUCGUUAUGAGGUCUGUGAAACAGGGUCUCACUGAACAGCAAAUGAUCAUUCUGGCCGCUAUUAUCAGAGAUCUGGACAGGGAGACCUCAAGAACGGAGGUGGGUACCAUCUCCGUCUAUUUCGGCACUCAGCUGGGACAACUCUACUGCGAAUUUUCCGGCGCCCUGACCAGGUUCACCCACAAUCUGAUCACCCACUCGAAUUUCACAUCUUUACAAACCUGCCUGCUGAAUCAUCUGGGCGUGUCGCCUUGGAACACGGAGGCGUGGCCUCUUCAAGUGUAUCCGAGAACUUUGGCUGUAUUGGCGCAGGUACUUCUGCUGCGCCCCCAGAACGAGAAAGAAGCCUCAGUUAUAAACAUCUGGCACAGGUUCGUGAACACCCUGAUAGAAAACGUGCUGAACACCUCACCGAACGUCUCGGACGCUGACAAUGAAGACCUGAACGUGGAACACGCCCAAGUCCUGCUCUAUCUCUUCCACUCCCUGAACCUGAUGCAGAAAAAGUCCGUGGUCCUGCUUCUCGCCGGCGGCGUGCUCAGAUGCUCCGAGGUCACGAGGGGACCCCUGAAGGACACCCAACUCCUCCAUCUGUCCAGGUUGCUGCUGCUGUUCGACUACAUCAUGAAACAUCUGUACGACGCCCCGUCCUCGCUUCUUGAACAGAUACAGUGGAACUUGUUCUACUCCACCAACCUGAACACGGAUAAGGACAAAGAGAACAACAUGACCAGGAUGUACACUUCAUGGCAGGACAUCGAGGACAAUCUGAGGAAAUCGAGCAACGUGGACGACGGGGCCAUGAGGCCUAGAUUUUACGUGCUGACCAGCUUCGAGAACAACAACCAAGACUCGCCCAAACUGGACGGUCUGGCCUGCAACUUCAUACUGGGCACGCCUGACAAACUCAGGUAUCCCCUGCUGUUGGAUGCCCUGAUCGAGAUACUUAAUGUCACUCAUGUCGCUACCGGACCUACGAAGAUGUCAACUUUGGGGUUAUGUGCUACUCAGUACUGCUUUACCAUCUGUUGGAGGUUGCUCCACCUGCUACCACCAUCUACGAAUUACAUGGAGAGACUGAGUUCCGGAGAGAACUUGCCACCAGGGCCUAUAUUACUGCAUUCUAUGAUUUGGGGACCACGUACCAGUCACAAAAACUUCAAUAGGUGGCUUAAGGACGGUCUUGUUAAGCAAGGGAUGUACACACAACACGCUGACAAACUACUGAAAGCUGUCACUGACCUCGUGAAUAGUUUGAAGUACGACACGGCAGUGGCAAAGACCUGCAUAACUACACUUAUACCAGAUGUCAAAAAAGGUGUCUUGAAGAAGGAAUCCUUCCCACCAAUCUUCAAUCUCAUGCUUCUCGACCUCUCCCUAGCCAAGCUACAGGUCAGGGUUGACGAAGCUGGCAACAAUGCCGAUACCCCUUCGCCUAACAAAUCCGCCUCAGUGGCGGAGGAGACGUGCAGCGUUCAAGACCUCCUUCCGCACGUUAUAAAACUGACACAGGCCAUCCUUCACUACAGCAGAUGGUCCGUCUUGAACACGGUCGUCGAACUGUCCGAAACCAACGCGAAAUGCUCGCUGCAGGACUUGGAGUGCCUGCAAGAUGUCCUAGCUGUGUCGUCCACUAAGAAUCCGCUUGUAAACGGACUGGCUGUUGAGUUGAACACUUUGCUGCCUCAAACUGUUUCCACGGUGCUACAGCAAUGGAGCGGGUUGGCUCUAGAAGAUUUUUCACCUAGCAUUUUCCAGAACGACAUAAUCCCAUCGGAAAACUUUCUUCUCAAGAUCGUGGACAUCCACAUAUCCUCACUGUCGAAGCAACCGUUCAACAUCAAUCUUUCUUUGAAACGUCUACUUCAGUGCUGCAUCAAUUUCAUCUGUGACCACGCCACCACUGUUGAGAACACCGACACCAAAAGCAAGGCCGUCGAGACUCUAAUCGCGGUGACAUUGAAUGCUAAGACAGAGUUUCUAUACGAAAGAGCCUCCAAAACCCUCGAUAAGAUGAUCGGAGACACCGAUACUGACGAACACCAGAAGAGAGUUUACAGACAUGUUUUGAACCACACCUACAAGCUUAUAGUCGAUUACACAUCUGCACCAUCAGGCGACAAUUCGGUUAUAGACGAGAAGAUCUUGCACAACUGCCUGAAAUUCUACGAGAAGAUCAUCGAGAAGUCCUCAGGUCGUCAGGCUCUGGAGAGCUUCUUCACCGGCGAUAAAGAACUAGUCAAGGUACUGCUCAGCGUAUCUAACGCCAAAAUGUCGCAGCUAUACAGCACUAGGGUCCUGCACUUCUUCAACAAGCUGUUCCAAGCGGCCGAGAAGAGUUCAACAGAUCCCAGUCUGAACUAUCUGUGCAGCAGCAUGAGCAAACUUGCCGAAGUCGAGGGUGACAAGCUACAGGAAUGGUUGAAACAGGUUAUAGUGGGAUCUAGUAUGACGCAAGCACCUGUGGUCGAGGUGAAAACACCACCUCCGAAAGAGGAGGCGUCUCAAACUAAAGUCACGAAAUGGACCGCCUCGCCACCUAGACAAUCGCUCACUUCGUCUCCGGUGUCGUCGAGCGAAACCACAAAGUUCAUGGUACAAGAGAACAGUCAACUGCUGCAGGCGCUUACGUCGUUCCUGGUCAAAAAAGGUAGCAACAUAACCGAAGAAGCCGCAUUGACGAUAUUAAAGGCGCUACUCCCGCUCGGCUCGCAUAUCUUGUCCCCUGUUUUGGAAGGCGUCGGUUUUGUCGACCUGAUGGUCGUCAUGACAAUGCUGGCGGACGGCGGUACCGGAAAGGGUCACGCCCACCUAUUCCCCGCCACGACUGAGUGGGUGUACUUAUGCAACGCCCACUUCAGAAAGAAGGAGGUCCUGGAUAAGAUAGGAGGCGACGGAACUGAAUCUACGAAGCCGAAUUACAUGCUGGACGCCGCCUGUUGCAUCAUGGAUUACGUGAGCGAGGUUGUGUCGAAGGUUACGCAACAAGUUAGUUCGGCAUCGAGAGCCCUCAGUCCCCCCUGGGAGAGCGAGGCCGUCAACGAUUUAGACGUGGAACUUCAAGAGGAAGGUAACGAGGAGGAGGAUAGCGGCGACGAUUCGGACGAAGACUCUCUUUGCAACAAACUGUGUACUUUCACUAUUACUCAAAAAGAAUUCAUGAACCAACACUGGUACCAUUGUCACACCUGUCGGAUGUUAGACGGCGUUGGAGUCUGUUCCGUGUGCGCGAAGGUUUGCCACAAGGGCCACGAUUUGAGCUACGCCAAAUACGGAAAUUUCUUCUGCGACUGCGGCGCGAAGGACGACGGCUCCUGUCAGGCACUGGUGAAACGCGUGCCGCAAGCCCUGGACUCGAGCCAGGAGACUAGAACUUCGUCGAACAACGACAAGUAUUCAAGUGACAUGUUGCCAAGCUCUCUACGCAGAAGAACGUCUUCGCCUGUAUCCUUAGACAGGCUGUCGCUAAAGAGAAAGACGCAGAACAAUAUACAACACCUUGAAGCAUCCAAGGCGUGGAUCAUCAACUACUUGGGCAACGUCCACGCCGCUUCGAACUUGAUCGACUUCAUCCAGACCCUUGUCCCCGCCAUCGACACGAUGUGCAAUGUCAAUUCGCCCGUCGGUUGUCAUUCGAGGGCAUUGGAGGCCCUGCGACGUCUGCACAGCGAGAACAAAGAAUACGUGAACAGCGAACAGCUUAUGGUGCCCACGUUAGGUUCACAAGAAGGCGCGUUCGAGAACGUACGGAUGAACUAUUCCGGGGAACAGGGACAGACCAUAAGACAGUUGCUCUCGGCCCAUAUAGUAAGAAGGGUGGCGAUGUGUUGCAUGACGUCUACCCACGGUAGGAGACAACACCUUGCAGUUUCUCACGAGAAGGGUAAAAUCACGCUGCUCCAGCUAUCGGCACUAUUGAAACAGGCCGACUCGUCCUCCAGGAAGUUAACACUCACCAGAUUGUCGUCGGCUCCGAUACCCUUCACCGUCUUGUCUCUAUCUAGCAAUCUCUGUAACGAGGAUUACCUAGCCGUGUGCGGCUUGAAAGACUGUCACGUGUUGACGUUCUCUUCCAGCGGAUCGGUGUCCGACCAUCUUGUGCUACACCCACAGCUCGAAACCGGCAAUUUUAUCAUUAAAGCCCUAUGGUUGCCAGGUUCCCAGACGAAACUGGCAUUGGUGACCGCCGAUUUUGUAAAGAUUUAUGAUUUAGCCGCCGAUUCGCUCAGUCCCCAGUACUAUUUCUUGGUACCCAGCGGGAAGAUAAGAGAUUGCACGUUUAUGUACGACGAAGGUACUUACCACAUACUCCUGAUGUCUUCCUUAGGCCACAUCUAUAACGAGGUUCUGAACGAAGAGAGUUCGGCCAGGCAUGGAUCGUUCUACGUUACUAACAACCUAGAAGUUUACCAUCUCGACGUCGCCGAUGCCAACGGUCAUAUAGCCGGAGGCGGAGUCAGCAUCUAUUACUCCCACACACUAGGAUUGCUCUUCUACAGUUACGUACAAGGCAAGAGUUUCAUAUCUCCGAUUACGCCGAAGUCUAACAGUCUGACCACCGCCUUCCCCAUAAACAUAUCGGCCAACAUUACGGCCAGCAAGGGAAACGGCGCCAAGAUAGUCGUCCAACCGCUCUGCCAAUGGACCGAGAUCCCCAACCACCCGGGUCUUAUAUGUUGCGCGAUGCAAGUGAGCAACAACCCGGUCAUACUGAUGUUGAAACCGGACUCGAUAAUGAUUCAAGAGAUAAGAGUGGUGCCGUCCAAAUCGAAGAUAAUGGACAUGGUAGCGAUCAGGCACAAUUCCGUAUGUGAGCUGCGCACCACCCUGAUCUUGCUGUGCGAGGACGGUAGCUUGAAAAUGUACAUGGCGAACAUGGAUCAGACAGGUUUCUGGAUGUCCUCAACGAUCCAACCCACCUCGUCCAACGGCUCACAGGUCAAGCAACGGAAGAAGAAAGCCGUCAAAUCGGGAAAGAUAAUCGGCUCGGUCACGUUUCCGGUCGAUUUCUUCGAGCACUGUCAGCCUAUGAACGACGUGGAGAUUGGCGGUAAUGAUUUGCUGCAGGUUUAUAAUGCUGCCCAACUGAAACACCGGCUCAACACCAUGAAUCUCUACGUGGCCUGCAACAAACCUCUCGGGUUUUCGGUCGAAGUGACCAACAACGACAACAACAUGGUGAUGACCGGUCUCAGGGUGCUGGUAGGCACUCAAGACAUACAAAGAGCUCCGUCAUUCGUCGAAGUAUUCGGCAGGAUUAUAAGCACUCAGGUGACUAGAAGCAGGUGGUUUGACAUCCCGUUCUCCAGAGAGGAGAGCCUGCUAGCCGACAAGAAGUUGGUAAUCAUGUUCGGUCCGUCCCAGGACCCGGAGAACGUCACUAUGGUCGACAGCAUAAAGAUAUUCGGAAAGAGCAAAGACUUGUUUGGAUGGCCGGAAGAGAAUGAGGACGUAACGUCGGCCGGUAAUCCAAACUCGACUCAAACCUCGACCAACACGGUGACCAACGUAGAAGCCUCUGCGGCCAACAACGACAUGCUACCAUUAACAAAAUUGGAGAUGUUGUCAGUGGGAAUCCUGGAAGCUCUAGACGGGUCCUUCUCACUGUACGUCACGAACGAUAAGUUAGCGGCUCACAAACUUGCCGCUUUGAAAGUAGCUACCCAACUGCUGACUUUACCUACGCCACCUUCCGUGCAGACGUUCUCCAAAGCGUUGUUAUCUUCGCUACACACAACAAAGCAACAAUACCACAACUACAAAGAUCAAGCGUUGUUACAGCACGUCCUAAGCAGUCUGAUAGAGAUGACCGAUCAUUUCGCGACCGAUCCGUCUAACAUAGAUGCGGAGAGCUAUUACAGACUUGUGCUCAUCGUGAAAGGAAUUGCCGUGGUGAGACCUCAGAAUUUGGUAAAAUUCGCAGACUCGCAUACCUCUAUACAGGACGUAGUUCUUGACGAUCCCUUAGAUUUGAAGAUGCCGCCAGUUAAAGAUCCCAAAAAGCAACACCUUCUACUUUUGCUGAUGGACGUGUUGUGGACUCUGCAUGCUAUUAAACCAACCAACACUAAUCUAGCACCGGUCGUAGUGCCCGGCUUGAAACAUACGGAGCAGAUAGUUUACGCUAUCGUCGAAAUAGUGCACGCCUUCAACAGCUGUGACACCUACAGCAACAUAACCAUAGCAGUCUACCUGCAGCUUCUGCUUUGCAAGGAUCCAGUGAUCGCAUUCAGCGCCAAGCAGGCCCUCGGUAAGGUUCUCAAGCCUAAGUUGAAGAAGAGGAGAGUAUUCAUCCCCAGCCCUCCAACCUGUUUGAGUCCGUUACCGGACAAGGAAGAGGCCAAAACGUCUCAGGCGCCGAUGCAAUCGAGUCAGGAAGAACAGCAGUCGAUGCAAUACGAGAUAGACGCCGUUGAGGCCAUCCAGAUGCUGCAACAACAACCGCAAGCCGAAGAUCACAAUCUAAAUCCACUAGAAGCGCUUUUAGGCGGUGCCGCCGGCAUCAUAAACAUUCCUAGGGACGCGGACGACGAGGCCAUGGUGGAACUGGCCAUAGCCCUAAGCCUCCAAGAUCACGAGAUGGUGGGCGAGCAAGGCUUACAGGUCUUGUCGGCCGACCAGUUGGCUCAGAACGCUCAGAAUCAAGCGGAGGCGGGCCAUUUCAGCGAUACCACUGCCUCGGCCGCAGGUUCUGAUGAUGAAGGGAGCACCGCAGCCACCGACGGUUCUACGCUGAGGACGUCUCCAGCCGAACAGGGUGGAAGUGCGGGGUCGGAGAGCGGAGGUAGUGGUGUGGAAAGCAUCACCGGAGAGCAUAACGUGUCGGGCAGGAGUUCCGCUUAUGGCGACAAUAUGCAAGAAAUGACCGUUGUCUCGCGUUCGGACACCAGCUCAACGCCCAACGUCCUGAAUCUGACCAUAGUCGAACAAGAUAACUCCCCCGUCGAUAUGGACUUGGAAAUCGACUCUGAGAACAGCGGGAGACUGCACAUCCUCCGGUUACAAUUGUUAGAACGACUGACCGAAUACCUAUCCAAGCUGAGAAACGUGGAAGGUGCGAGAGCCGUGCCUUUCUUACAGGUAGUACUCCAGCUCACCCUCGAACUUGACGGACAUCUGGAGAGGGACAGGGCAUGUUUGAACAACUUGCUCAGCACGAUCCUGAACGAGCUACAGCUGAACACGCCGGACGUGUCGUGUUAUAUCCGUAGAGAUAAACAGAAGGAGGUGCAAUUGAUCCUGAUGAGGCUGCUGAGCGUGUUGAUGUCUAGAUGCAAGACUUCUUCUUCGAACUCGUCAAAACCGUCGAAUCCUGACAACACCGUUUUCAUAUCCAAAACCACGGCUACGGUACUGCACAAGGCGGAAAUAAUCGCUUUCUGCAAUAAACUGCUCCAGUCUCUAUUGGAGUAUUGGAAGAACGCGGAGAAGGAAGAAGCCGCGCCCAGUGUUACCGGAAACCUCCUGAAAGAACACAUGCCACACCCAGCCCCAGACAUGACUCCGUUCUUCCUUAAACAAUUCGUGAAAGAACACGCAUCCGACGUCUUUGCAACGUAUCCCCAUCUAGUGACGGAGAUGGCGCUGAGGUUGCCAUAUCAGGUACACAAGCAUUCCGAAGUGGCCGAACCCAUCGCCCAAGCUUUCGACAACAGUUGGUAUCGUCAUCUGUGCGAGUAUAUGAUGACCUUCCAAGCGCCCUUCGUCAGGAGACAAAUAAGAAAGCUGCUGCUGUUUAUUUGCGGCAGCAAAGAAAAGUACAGGCAGCUGAGAGACCUGCACGCCCUGGAGACUCACAUCAAGGGGGUGAAACAGUGCUGCGCCAAGGGGGGCUAUCAGCCAGAAACUGAAGUGCAGCAUUCCCUAUCCCUGCCUUACGAUUCCCUGGUGGAACUGAUGGAACAUCUGAAGGCCUGUCUGGACAUAGCCGUCAGCAGGACUGGCAACUGGCAGAAGUUCUGCCUACACAAUGGAGACAUCCUGGCAUAUCUGCUGCAGGUCAGCUUCCUAUUGGACGAAGGCGUUGCGCCGACUGUUCUACACCUUUUGCAGUGCGCCAUAGUGAUGAGCGCCGGUAAUAUGAAGAAGGCCGAGCAGGGCAAGACUUCGCAGAGAAAAGAGAGAGAGAAAUCGGACGAUUCCGCUGCCGAGGCUCUUUUCGAAGAGUCCAAUUGUCUCGCCCUCGUAGAGCAAGUGAUCAAGCUCGUUUCCAGAGAGACUUUUGCCAGAUUCAUCAAGACGUUUAUGCUGGAAACCAACGUUACCCAAGUGAGGUGGCAAGCACAUGGUCUUGUAUUGGCAGUUUAUAAGAACUCGAACAAGCAACACCAAGAGUCGCAACUCUCUCUACUCUGGCAACUCUGGCCCCUGCUGCCCUCCUACGGCCGCAAAGCCGUCCAAUUCGUCGACCUCCUCGGAUAUUUCUCCCUGAAGUUCAUUCAGAGCAAUACCAACUCUAGUCAGACCGAGGAGUACAUCAAGAACGUAGUCUCGGUCCUACAGGCCCAGAACAAGAUACUGGCCCAUCAUCCCAACGCCAACCUCUACGCUCACAUGAGCCAGUUCGUCGAGCUCGAAGGCUACUAUCUCGAGUCCAAUCCCUGUCUGGUAUGCAACAACCCCGAGGUUCCCUUUUCCGCCAUUAAGUUGAGCUCCAUAAAGGUAGACUCGAAGUUCACCACGACCACGCAGAUCGUCAAGUUGACCGGCAGUCAUAUCGUCAGCAGGAUAACUGUCCGGAUUGGCGAGUUGAAACGUACCAAGAUGGUGCGUACCGUGAACAUCUACUACAACAACAGGAACGUGCACGCCGUUGUGGAGUUGAAAAAUAAGCCAGCUUUGUGGCAUAAGGCCAAGCGGGUCACGUUGCAGUCCGGACAGACCGAGGUCAAGGUGGAGUUUCCGCUACCCAUUGUGGCGUGUAACGUGAUGGUGGAAUACGCUGAUUUCUACGAGAAUAUUCAGGCGAGCAGCGAGACACUUCAGUGUCCUAGGUGCAGCGCAGCCGUUGCUGCCAACCCUGGGGUGUGCGCUACCUGUGGAGAGAACGUAUUCCAAUGUCAUAAGUGUCGAGCAAUAAAUUACGACGAGAAAGAUCCCUUCCUGUGUCACUCAUGCGGCUUCUGCAAAUAUGCUAAGUUCGAUUUUACAUUGUUUGCCAAGCCUUGCUGUGCCAUCGAACCCAUAGAGAAUGAUGAAGAUAGAAAGAAGACAGUGUCCAACAUCAACACCUUAUUGGAGAAGGCCGACAGGGUGUACAAGCAGCUUAUAGCUAACAAACCAACCCUAGAGAAUCUGAUCAUGAGAGUUUCGGACCACAGAAGCGAUAGAAGAUCCGAAGAGACCAACACUGCAGCCAGCGCACCAGCCAAUCAGGCCGCAUCGGCUGCUCCUGUGGUUCCUUCGCAACUCAAGGUCAACAGAACCAUUCAAGCUCUGGCACAGCAGUACUGCAACGAGUGUAAAACUGCCUUCGAAGAACUCAGCAAGAUCAUCCAAAAGGUCCUGGUUUCCAGAAAGGAGAUCGUGGCCUACGACCGCAAGCACAGGGACGUGGAUCUUCAAAAAUCCACGCCUCUCUUAAAAGAUACAGAGGAUCAGGACGAUUCGGAACUGGUUCCUGCGGAUCUCUGCAUCCGGACCAAGUGUUAUGGCUGCUGUUCUGCAACAAUCGAACAUUGUCUCACAUUGUUAAGGGCGUUGGCAACCAACCCGAAAACCAGGAAGAACCUGUGCUCCAAACAGCUGAUAGAGGAGCUGGUGUGCAACAAUCUGAGAAGGGGAAGCGCUCAAAUACAGGAGGAGGUCAGACAGCUGCUCUGCGUGUUGACGACAGACGACGAGGAGGCCACCAAGCAGUUGUGUAGCUUGAUAAUCCAGAAGUUCAAUUUGUUCCUCGGUAGCGACGUUAACAGUCUGGAGUUCAGCACCAGCAUAAAGCACGAGAUCGAUCUUUUGGGCGCUAUGGUCCAAAGGGACGAUAACAGCUGGGAGUUGAAGCUGAAGUGUAUGAUGAGGCUGUUUUUGGACGCUUGUGAUAAUCCUCAAGAUCCGUCUAUUAUGGAGUCUAUAAUAUUGCCAUGUUUGAAGAUUUUAUACAAUCUGAUGAAACCACCGGAAGCCAAUUCGAAAAAGUCUAAGGAUAAGACCAACGCAGUCGCCUCAAGACAGAGCUGCCUCACCGACAUAACCGUGAUGGUGGACAAGUGGCUGAAGGACGACCCCAAGCACAGUUUCGCGGCUUGGAAGACCAGGCUACCGAAGGAGGCGGGUACGUCUUCCGGACCGCCCGCGAACGCGUCCAAGGAAGACGUCAGAACCUAUUAUAUCUCCGAAAGAUACGUGAAGAAGUGGAAGGCGAAAGUAAAGGUGAAGAAACACGGCAGCUUCAACCUGAACCCGAACGAGAGCCGUUGGUUGGAGACGAUCAUGUUCAACCCGAUAUCCAGGCUGGCCAGACACGUGACCUGCAGCAUCAUCGAGCUGAUGUGCAACAACGACGAACGCAGGAAAGAAAUCCUGAUCCUGUUGACGUGCUGGCUUCCGGAUCUGUGCGUCGCCGGUGAGAGCGCGGCCGAAUUCCUGACUCUCUACCAGGGUCUCAUAGCGCAGCCACCCUGGAAACAGUACCUCACCAUACAGGGCGUGCUGACCGUGCUGGCCCAGCUGAUAACGGUCGAGAUCAAGAAGCUGCACAGGCUGGAGGAGACGACCCUCACCUCCGACCUGACGCAAGGCUACGCCCUGAACCAGCUCACCGAACUGCUGGCCUCGUUCUUGGACGAUCCGGCCAUCAGGAGGCAGAACAAGAGGAUAUUGGUGGCGGACGUGUUGGACGGGUAUCUGUCGCUAAGACGGCUUGUGGUACAGAGGACGAGACUGAUUGACGAUACGCAGGAGAAGCUUUUGGAGUUGUUGGAGGAGAUGACGUCAGGAACUCAGAAAGAAACCAAGGCCUUCAUGGCGGUUUGCAUCAAGACCGUGGAGAAGUGCAGCUUGCAGGACAUACUAACCCCCGUUUUCAUAUUCGAACGUCUAUGCUCCACGAUCUACCCCGAGGAGAACGAUGUCAGCGAGUUCUUCCUUACCCUGGAAAAGGAUCCGCAACAGGAGGACUUCUUGCAAGGUCGCAUGCUCGGUAACCCGUACUCCAGCAUGGAGCCUGGCCUUGGUCCCCUUAUGAGAGACGUCAAGAACAAGAUCUGCCAAGAUUGCGAGCUCGUCGCCCUAUUGGAGGACGACAACGGUAUGGAACUCUUGGUCAACAACAAGAUUAUGAGUCUGGAUCUGGCAGUGAAAGAUGUCUACAAGAAGAUCUGGCUAGCGGAAGGAGGAGAUCAUGAUGCAAUGCGAGUAGUUUAUCGAAUGAGGGGUUUAUUGGGAGACGCGACGGAAGAGUUCAUCGAGAGCUUGGACAACAAGACUGAAACGGCAGUGAACAACGAGGAAGUUUACAAGAUGGCCAACGUGUUGGCGAAAUGUGAUGGAAUAAAGGUGAUGGUAAAGAGAUUGGGUGCCAUACAGAAGAUCUGGAGGGCUAGGACUUUGGUUCAGGUCCUCUUGAAACUGUUCCGGCUCAGCGUCAAGGUCACCAAAUGCCAAGAGGUUCUCAUACAACCCGAACUGGGGGCCAUGGAAGUAUUCCUGAGAACCCUGAAGUUAUGCUUGGAAUGCGAAACGGAUGCUGCCCAAGGUCAAAUAACUGAACAACUUCUAGAGAUCAUGGAGACGAUCCUAUCCAAGGCCACUGGCGAGCCGCCUGAGACCUUCGUCAAGUUCUCGCAGACCUUCGGCGGUCCCGAAUACAUAGAAUCCCUUAUAUCCUUCACCGGACACCCCUGCGUCAAGAGCAACCAGGCCGUGCUGGCUCACCUCACCAAAGUACUAGCCGCGUUGGUGUACGCCAACGACGAGAAGAUGGAGAUACUCCUCAACCACUUCAAGCCGAUACUGGACUUCAACAAGUACGAUUACGAGCACACGCCCGAAGACCAGCAAAAACUGGAGAUGUUCUGCACCCUGACCAAUAGCAUAGAGAGGAACCCGACCGGCAACACCCUCAAGGACUACAUAGUCAAGUUGGGCGUGGUCAGAGACGCCCUCGAAUACAUCACGAUGCACGCCCCCUGCGUCAAACCCACCCUAUUGAGAACGGACAGCGACGAGCUGAAGGAGUUCAUAUCGAAGCCGGCCCUCAAGUACAUCCUGAGGUUUUUGACGGGGAUAGCGCACAGCCAUGAGAAUUCGCAGUUGGCUAUAGCUUCCGCGGACACUAUACCCAUCAUCCACAGGUUGGAACAGGUGUCGUCCGACGAACACGUUGGUUCCCUGGCGGAGAACCUCCUGGAGGCCCUAUGCACCAACCCGACAGUGGCCAAGAGGAUCGAGGAAGUCAGGGAGUUCACCAGGUCGGAGAAGAAGAGGCUGGCCAUGGCGAUGAGAGAGAAACAAUUGGGACAGUUGGGGAUGAAGACCAAUGACAAAGGACAGGUGACGGCGAAGAGCGCCAUCUUGCAGCAGAUCGAGAUGGAGCUGGGCGAAGAGUCCGGACUGGUAUGCUGCAUCUGUCGCGAGGGGUACAAGUACCAACCGAGCAAGGUGCUCGGCAUCUACACGUUCACCAAACGUUGCAACGUCGAGGAGUUCGAGAACAAGCCUCGAAAGACGAUGGGCUACUCGACCGUCACCCAUUUCAACAUUGUCCACAUAGACUGUCACAUGAACGCCGUCAGGCUGGCAAGGGCCAGGGACGAGUGGGAGUCUGCCGCACUGCAGAACGCAAACACAAAAUGCAACGGGCUGCUGCCGCUCUGGGGGCCUCACGUCGCAGAAUCCGCCUUCGCUAGUUGCUUAGCACGACACAAUACUUACCUGCAAGAAAGCACUACCCAUCGGGACAUCGGUCACGUUUCUACAAUACACGACCUCAAGCUUCUGCUGUUGAGAUUCGCUCAAGAAAAGUCGUUCCACGAAGAUACCGGAGGUGGUGGACCUCAGAGUAACAUGUACAUGAUCCCAUACCUCAUCCAUGUCGCACUAUAUGUUAUCAACACAACUAGAGUGGCAAAAAGAGAAGAAGGCUCUUUGACUACUUAUCUGGAUACCUCGAGUUCUGAGAAAAUGGUGGAGUCUGCGUUUGAAACAGAGGGUCCCCUUUAUUGGGCGACGAUGUCCAUCCUCUUGCACUCUCACAACCAACGUAAGGACAAAAGGUUGGCACACCUAAGGAGGUUAAUUAUACUGGCUCAGGCCAGAGGUACCGGAUCUUCUAAAUCGUUGUCCGAUAAGAAGGAGAAAGAUUAUGCAUUCUAUAAACCCUACCUGGUGUUUUACGGACUGAUUGAUGGAAUUUAUAAGUAUUUGUUCAAGAAUGUGCCGCCAGCCUCCGAUGAGAAUUGGCCAAAUGUGUUAGCAGAUUUUAUUCGCCACAAUGAUGAGUUCUUGAUAAAGGAGUCUGAAAAAUUAUUGGCCGUGUACACUGAGGAAUUACUUCCUUGUACUUCUUUUGCUGAAUUCUGUGAUGUAACAGGUUUGCUGGAUGUCGUUACUACUCCCGAAACCUACAUAAGUGAUCUUCUGAAUGGAAUGUCGUAAUUAUUAAUAAAGAGUUUUAAUCCAAAAAGGCUGUAUUUAUUAUGAUUGCUUGCAACUUAGAGUAUCAGUUUUAUUUAUCUGUAUGUAAUAUUUGCUUGUUUGUUAUUUAAUUACUUUUAGAGUACUAAAUUAUUGUACUUUAAAUAUAUUGAUUGAAAUGGGAA